UCCAAUGCGAUUCUUAGCGGUUUUACGAAAGUAGUUUUUAGAACAUGAUUUGUGGAAUCCAAACCAUUAAUCAGUUGAAAGCAACAAUACAAACGCGUCGCAUAUCAUCCGUCCAUGUUUUCCGCAAAGCGAAAUGGAUCAAUCGUCGUUAGCCAAUCAAAUCCUAAAUAAUAGCCUAAUUUUGGAAAAAAUAUUUCGAAAUCUACAACUAAAACAUCAUUUGGCGAUAGUGAAUUUGUGCAAAGAAUUUCGUGAGACCCUGGUCCAUUUUGUGUGGCGAUCCAGCUGCAAACAGUUGAAAAUCACAGCUAGAGGAGAUCAUUAUUUUGUGAGCUUAAAUGAAACUGAAAUUUGCUGCAUGAAAGACCAAGUAGCUCGAGAAUUUCUCAAGCUAAAUCGUUACAAUGUUCAAACAUUGGUACUAGCAAGUUGCAGCAAUGUCAUCCUGAUGCAAGAAAUAGAGCGAUACGAGAAUCUUACCCAUUUGAAUAUGCGACAGUGCAGGUUAUCAAACAACAACCUGGAAACGAUUGCCACAAAUUGCCAGGGUUUGAACAGAUUAAUUUUGGAUCGUUGUUGUUGUGUUCAUUGCAGUGAUGAACUGGUUUUGGGCCAGGAAUUGAAAGUAGAAACUUUGGCCCGCAUGGCAUCGCUAAGAGAGCUAAGAAUCGAUAAUCGAUACUCUAUCAAAAUGAACUAUGAAGUUCUUAAUGAUAUUGGCUGGAAAUUGAGUCUUUCGAAAUUAUUUUUACGUGCCUCUUUAUUUUAUGAUGGAGGCCAAAAUUUGGAAGAUGUAAACAAUUCAAAAUUUGCGUAUUCAAACCUACAACAUUUGGAUAUUGGAAGAUUUUCAGAUCGCAGUGCCUGGCUAUUGUUUGUGCAAUUACAUUUGCCUCAACUGGGAAAUCUGCAAUCUCUGUCGAUAUUCAUAGACUUGGCCAAUUGUGUUCUGAUAACAGAUGCCACGCUAACGGCCAUACAAGAGUCCUGUCCCAGAUUACAGAGUCUCUCAUUUGAACAGUGUAAAUUUCGAACAAACAAAUUCAUACUGCCGCCAUCCCUGUUGCAUCUGUCGUUGAUAUGGUGUAGGGGUGUAACAUGGCAAAACUUCAUCCAAAUGCUACAUGAGUAUCCACUUCAGAGUUUCGAAACAAUUAACAGCUCUUAUGAUGGUCAUGAGAUCGAUUUAGUUUAUCCAUCUAAUACACUCACCAACCUCACUGUGGAGACAUCAAUUAUUCAGGGCUUUGAAGAGAUACUGGCCAAUGGCAACUACACCUUUCCCCAGGUGACCACAUUGAAUUGGUUGAACUCCAGUGAAGGAUCCGGUGACACAUAUCCCAUACAAAAUAACUUUAAUCUUUCCAAAAUAUUUCCCCAACUGGAGGAACUCCAUCUGGACCAGGCUUACCUUCCGCUCAAGGAAUUCCAACAAAUGUCCUACCUACAAAUCCUUAGAAUAUCUAUGUUCACACACAUGACAUGGUCCUAUAUGCUGCAGUUGUUGCAGUCCAGCAUUCUGCAGCAAUUGAUUAUUGAUCUACCCCCAGCAUUCAGCAUUUUCUUGUGUCCCAUACCCUCUACGAAACCAGAUCUACAUCUGACGUCCACACGAACGCUGCCAGCAAACAAUUUGGUUUUCUUACAAAUUCCAUUGCAGCUGUUUCGCAUAUCCUUAGACUUUUGGCUUGAUUUGUAUUCGAAGAAUAAGCGAAUGAAACUGAAAGUCUACACUCGCCAGGCGACAACUAUUUUCAAGAGAACAUUUUUUAAAAUACUACUAAAUCAUCCAACGCUGGUGGGUUCUUUGAAGCGCAUCAAUAUUUGCAAUUGUAAAGUGGAAUGCUCUGAACUUCGAAAAUCCUUUACCGAUGUUGUGCACGAAUACGAGUUCGAAUGCGAUUCCAAGGGACAUUAUUUCUUCAUUAUUUAAAAACAACCAUGGCUAAAGCAGUGUUCUUUUCAAUAACUACAAAUUGAUGUAUUUUAUGAAAUAAGACAGUCAAAUUAAAUAUAUAUUUUCAUUCAAA